AUUAUAUAAUCGUUCACCGUGGCAAAGUACUGCAUACAUUUCUUUCGUUGUUUGGAUCAUUGAUUUAUAGAUGAUUUCGUAUCAUACAAUGGUACGAUCAUAUAUAUUUCUUCUCGUUACUGUUACGUCCAUCAUAUGGAAGAUGUCAUUGGGUCUGUCUUGUUUAUCAUGUCAUAGCGAAUCCGAUAAAUCCAGGUGUUCGACACAUCAAGUACAAUGUCGGGAGGGUUUUGAGGAAUGCUUCUUUGAUAAAUCCACAUUGCAAAAUUCUGCGGUGGUUUACUCUGCAGGCUGCAGGGCAAAGGCGGUUUGUGAAUUGUUAGAAAAUGCCGUAGGGAAAAGAGACGUUAUAGGUCGGUCACGGAGGACUUCAGUUCUCUGUGCACAAUGCUGUAAUACAGCUCCAAAGAAUAGCAUUCCAUGCAAUGCACAUUUAUGCGACAAUCGUCUGUUCUGUUUAUCAUGUCAUAGCGAAUCCGAUAAAUCCAGGUGUUUGACACAUCAAGUAGAAUGUCGGGAUGGACUUGAGGAAUGCUUCUUUGACAAAACCACAUUGCAAAAUUCUGCUGUGGUUUACUCUGCAGGCUGCAGGGAAAAGGCGGUUUGCGAUUUGGUAGGAAAUGCCGUAGGGAAAAGAGACGUUAUAAGUCGGUCACGGAGGACGUCGGUUCUCUGUGCACAGUGCUGUAAUACACCUCCAAGGAAUAGUAUGCCGUGCAAUGCACAAUUAUGCGACGAUCCAUUUACACCUGACACAUCAACAACACCUGGCAUAUCUUUUGUACGUUACAAUCAUACCGAUUUGACCACUGACACAUUAACACCUAGCCAUUUUACAGAUUACAAUCAUAACGAUUGUAAAGAUUUGAUAAACUGUCGCCCGUAUCCGAAAGAAAGGAUUUGUCCAGCCAAUAGUAGUUAUCAUGCUUGGGCAAAUGUAAGAUGCAGAAUGUAUUGUGGUUUUUGUAUUGUCAGUACACCACCAUCAUCAUGCGCCGACAAAAUAUCUAACUGUAAUGAGUAUGAUGCAGAUCUCUGUACAAACCCCUUAUACAGACUCUUUAGAGAAGACAAUUGUCAACUGUUUUGUGGACUUUGCAAAAUAGCAGUCAGUACACCACCACCAUCAUGCGUUGACAAAAUAUCUAACUGUAAUGAGUAUGUCCCAACUGUUCCUGAUAUGUGUACAAACCCAUUAUACAGGCUCUUUAUAGAAGACAAUUGUCACCUGUUUUGUGGACUUUGCAAAAAAGCAGUCAGUACACCACCACCAUUGAUCUGGCUGGACCAGUGAGUGUAACCAAGAUGACUGGGUUUAAGUAAGGAUAAAACAAUCAGGAGCUGACUUUUAUUUUACUACCAAUCCGAAAGGUGAAAAACUGAA